AUGUUUUCCAAAUCCCUUCUCAGUGUUGCGGCGGCAGUACUGUCAUGGCAAUGCCAACCCGUCCUGUCUCAGACCUACUCAUCCUGCAACCCCCUCUACACAACUAGCUGCCCUGCCAAUACCGCCCUCGGCAAAGCAAUAAAUGUCGACUUCACGAAAGGCUCGGUCAAUUCCUUCGCAGCUACCGGAACUCCCACCUACGACUCGAGCGGUGCUCAUUUCACAAUAGCCAAAUCCGGCGAUUCUCCCCAACUCGCCAGCUUAUUCUACAUCAUGUUCGGAAAGGUCCAGGUUACAAUGAAGACAGCAAAGGGUGCCGGGAUCGUUAGCACCUUGGUUCUACAAUCGGACGAUCUGGAUGAGAUCGAUAUUGAAUGGCUUGGUGCAAGUCCGUCCGAGAUGCAGACCAAUUAUUUUGGCAAAGGCGCUGUCACAUCAUACAACCGUGGGGCUUUCAACCCUGCGCCCAACAACCAGGACCAAUUCAUUACCUACACGAUUGAAUGGACAUCAUCGCAGAUCACCUGGUCUGUCGGAAACAGCGUGGUUCGUGUCCUGAAAGCUAGUGAAGCCGAUGCAAAUAAUUAUCCACAAACACCAAUGCAAAUCAAGUUUGGAACUUGGUCGGGUGGAGAUCCUUCGAACCCCCCUGGGACAAUUGGCUGGGCCCGAGGUCCCACCGAUUAUUCAAAAGGCCCAUUCACGAUGAGCGUGCAAUCUAUUGCUGUCACCGAUUAUUCAACCGGGACGCAAUACAAGUACGGCGAUACCAGUGGAUCUUGGCAAUCAAUCCAAGCCGUGGGUGGAAAAGUCAAUGGCAACGAAGGAUCCGCAGGCGCUCCAGUGUCGAGCGCCGCCGUACCAGCCGUCUCCUCCGCAUCAGUAACAAUCCCGGCCGGAUUUGGCAACUCCCACACUGAUACGGCUCAUCAGACGGGAUGGCCAUGGGUUGCUUCACCAACUGGGAUGUCAACAGCAACUGCCGCCAACACGGCAAUUGCUGGAGUUCCAAGCGGUUGGAUCAUCACCUCAGAGGGGAAAAUCGUCCCUGUAAAUUCUGCAGCAGUGACUGUGCAGCCGUUGCCCGUCCUCUUCUGGCCAAUUGUCCUCAUGAUACUUGCCGUCAUCGGGCGCUAG